GAAAGAGCAGAGGAGAUAGUUGGUUAUCCUUACGCCCUAACUCACGCACGAGAUUUUGGAAAGAUUUUAGCCUGGUAAGUUUUUAUUUUCAGCACGAUACCUAUUAGGUCCCAACCAAAUAGUUUUUUUUUUCUUCUUCUUUUUGGUUUACAUGCCCAUCAAAACAUAUAUGUCCAAUAUGUCAAUAAACAAAAUAUUCACAUAGUUUUAUAAACUGUUAUAAACUUCUCAAAAUCUCUUAUGAAUUACGAUUGAGCUUGACUGAUUUGUCUGAAAAUAGUUCCACAUUAGCAUCUAAAUGUAAACGGGUUUGAUGGCUUUUUGUUCCAAAAUAUGUAUAGAUAGACUUGUUUACUUUUAUGUUGUUGCUAUAGUAUAUAGAUGCUAAUGAUCAGGAAGUAGGAUGCUUCUCUUCGACAAUUUGUGUUUGUUUAUUCAGUAUUGCUAUUUUUUCUUUCUAUCAUAAUAUCGUGCUGCCUUUUGGUUUACAACGAAUCCAAUUUUCUUAGCUUCUUGCUCGAGGUUAAUCGGGUUAAUUAAUGUGGAAUGGUUUCUUUUGCUCAUUUAUAUACUAUAUAGAUCGUGGGAUGACUAAUCCUGCAGAGCUAAUUCAACACCAUGUAUUAAUGCCUGUCUUCCUGUAUAUAUGCAGUUUAAAAUGUCAGAUGAGGAUGAAUAUCGCUGUUUUGUUGGUGGCCUUGCAUGGUCAACAUCUGAUAGAAAGUUAAAGGAUACAUUUGAAAAAUUUGGCAAGCUUACUGAGGCCAAGGUGGUUGUUGAUAAAUUCUCUGGACGCUCUCGCGGUUUUGGAUUUGUUACAUUUGAUGAAAAGAAAGCAAUGGAAGAUGCUAUUGAUGCUAUGAAUGGGAUAGAUUUAGAUGGGCGAACUAUUACUGUUGAUAAAGCUCAGCCUCAACAAGGAUCAAAUAGAGAUGAUGGUGAUCGCUACCGAGAACGUGGUCGUGAUCGUGACCGUGAUCGAGAUUAUCGAGGUGGAGGUGGUCGAGGAUCUAUUGAUGGAGGAUGCUUUAAUUGUGGUAAGCCUGGUCAUUUUGCUAGGGAGUGCCCUAGUGAAGGGGGGAGAGGGGGAAGGUAUGGUGGCCGAGAAAGUAGAUAUGGUGGAAGCGGUGGUGGUGGUGGUCACUAUGGUCCAGAUAGAAAUGGAGAUCGUUCUUCUGGCGGUCGCAGCAGGGAUGGUGGUAGUCGUGGAGAUUCUGGAAGUGAUCGAUACUAUCGUGAUCGUGACCGUGCUGGACCGUAUGAACGAGAACGACGUGGAUCUGGAGGCUAUCGCUGAUAUACUUUGAUCUUUCUAUUGAGCUUUGAAAUCAAAGGGGUUGCUGCUGAUGAUUCAACUUUAUUUUUCGUUCACAAUGUUCUGGGAUUGUUGUUUGAAUGGACCACUGAUACCAAUGUUUUGAUAUGCAAUACUUGGCACCUUUGUUAGACUAAUUAAUGUUCCUAUAUGCCGAUCUUUUGGUCUGUGAUCUAGUGACAUACCGUUGAAUUCGAUGUUGUCCUCUAUGCUAUCAAUAAUUGCUGCUGGUA